GUGAUGGGCAGAUGAUCACUUCCGCCGUAGCACCACACCAGAGCUCUACUCAUCGACACCUGCACCCUCUCGAGGCAGCAGUGUGGGAGCUUUGAUCAUACUCGACCAUGCGAUAGCACAAUCCAAACAUCCCUCCGCCACCACACGGGAGCAGCAACAGCUUCCAUGGCUGCCUGGGAUAUUGCUGUACGCGCCGUGGCAGGCGGACAGCAGAAUCAAGAUGGAGGCACUGGCGCUGGCUUUGCCCGCGCCGUGAUCAUUGUAGCAGGAGUUUGCGCCCUCGUAUCCACGCUGCUCACCAUCAUCAUCAUCCUCCUCCAGGCCAAAAACUACCGCAAGCCGCUCCUUCAGCGCCAUGUCAUUCGCAUCGUCGUCCUCGUUCCCAUCUUCGCCGCCGCCUCGUGGGCCUCCCUGACCUCCCUUCGAGUCGCCUUCUGGAUUGAACCAUUUCGCGAUGUCUACGAGGGUUUCGUCAUCUACACCUUCUUCCAGCUCCUCAUCAACUUUCUGGGAGGUGAGAGGAGUUUGAUAAUCAUGAUGCAUGGAAGGCCUCCAGUCCAGCAUCUGUGGCCGCUCAACCACGUCUUCCCAAAAGUGGACAUCAGUGAUCCCCACACUUUUCUACAGAUCAAGAGAGGUAUUCUGCAGUACGUGUGGAUCAAGCCCGCGCUGGCAAUCACAACCGUGGCGUGCAAGGCCACAGGCACCUUCAAGGAGGGCAUAUUGGCCGUCGAUUCGGGAUACUUUUGGACCAGCUUGAUUUACAAUGUCAGCAUCUGCUGGUCCCUGUACGAUCUUGCUCUGUUUUGGGUCUGCAUGUCCCAAGACCUGCAGCCAUUCCGACCCAUGCCCAAGUUCCUGUGCAUCAAAGGCAUCAUCUUUGCAUCGUGGUGGCAGGGCUUCUUCCUGUCAAUUUUGGUUGCCUUAGGCGUGAUUCCGAGCGUGGCAGAUACCUAUACCGCGGACAAUCUGGCCGCUGCUAUCCAGGAUGCACUCAUCUGCUUUGAAAUGCCCUUCUUCGCUAUCGCGCAAUGGUGGGCGUUCAGCUGGAAGGACUACGCGGACCAGACCAUCAGCGAUGCACGCAUGCCUAUCCGAUUUGCCUUGAGAGACGCCUUCGGACCCCGCGAUCUGAUUGAGGAUUGCAAAGAGACAUUUAGUGGGAAGAAAUAUGAUUAUCGCAACUUCGAUGCCAAUGACAACGUCAUGGCUCACGAAGAGUCGUCGAGCAGAGAAGCGCGAAUGCGGGAAGGCAUGCGGUAUGAACGCAACGGAAGAGGCAAGUAUUGGGUUCCUCCACCAACGGACUCACGGCAGCCGCUUUUGCAAAAAUAUAAUCCCAGUCACGCGCGAACUUUGAGUCCUAGUCAAGGCAAAGACCGCUCCACCAGUAGGAGUAGUAAAGGCCGAGGCUACGGUGCCACAAAUGACAUUGAAGAGACCGAGCUCGACCCAGAGGAGGAACGGCUUUACACCAAUGCUCGCGCUCUCGAGUUUGGUGAUUGGAACUAUCCAGUCAUCAAUACUCACUAUGCCACUCGCGAGGACCGACUGUACGCCAAUCCCAACACCAUCUCUCAAACCACCAACCGUGCGCUUCUCCAGCCGGGCAAAGAACAACGUCAGCGCCGAAAGUCACAGAUCGCGGCCCUGAAAAAAGACGUCCAUCAGCAUAACCGCCCCGGAUCCUCUUCUUCCUCGGGCGAAGCUUCCUCCUCCAACAAGGGCAAAGCCAAGGCGAAAGUCGUCGAUGCCCUCAAGGAUACUCCCGUGGCCAACAAGCUCGUCCGCAACCACUCUUCCCGAUCGCAAUCAUCCACCAAAUCCCACUCUUCCCAACUUGUCGACCUUGUAGUUGAAGAUCACCAAGCUGAAGAAGUCGAGCGCGUGCGAGCGCGGAAGGAAGGCGGUCCUGGGUGGAAUUCCGUUGAACAGAAACAUUUCGUCAAGACGUAUCCUGACGAAGAUGGAAGUGAGGCGGAGAGUAUUCGACACGGAUUUAACCCUGAUCGGCCGGAAAUGCAGGUUCCCGACACACAAGGCCAUGACUUGGAUGGAGGAAAAGCAUUCGGCGGAAAAGGUGGUGGAAAUGGUAAGCCGAAGGAUGAGGUUGACCAAGAGCAGCCCUGGGAGGGGAGGAGGUAUGAUGAUGUUGAAGACGACGAUGGUGGAGAUCGGUGGUUCGGUAAAGGAGAUCUUGAUGAUGGGGGAAAGCUGAAACCAAAGGAUCAGAGGAACAGUAACGGAGGGAGUAAGAAGAGCUCGCCUUUGCCUAGCCCAUUAUUUGAAGAGGAGAGGAACGCGUGGAGCGGGUGAAUGCGGUAGCAUGCUGUAGUUGAAGGGAAGAAAUUGUUGCCUUAGUGCUGUGCGUUUUAAGCGGCGGAGCAAAUGGACGGCGUUGGGUUCUCUUAGACUUGUGGUGGCAGAGAGGCAGUGGACUCCAGAUCGCUGCUCUACUCGGGCCUAUAAGGCUGUAUAUAGACAGAAUGUACUGUAUAAAAUUUCCCCAAUUUGGCUGGUCAUUCUAUUCUGCGGCUACAGCUCUGUCCAAAAGGCCCUCGCUCCCAAAAUCUAUCACAUUCUAUCACAAUUCGUUCCACCGUAAUCACCAAAAUCCACAAAUCCAAGAUCCUUCGACUCCUUCCCCCUUCAUCAUUUCAUCUUAUACCCUCGAACAAGGCUCCUCCCAACACCACCCAUACAUACCCCCAACCUGCUCCUCAAAAAUCUUCG